GACUUCAAUGUUAUGCUACUCUGUCAAAUUUGUUUUGCCGCUAAGAAACGUUUUUAGGUUAUAUUGUUAAAAAGUUUGAAAUUAAGCAAUUACCUUACAAAAAUGGCAUCGUCAGGCGAUAAAUCAAAGUCGAACCCCAAUGAACAAAAAGAGAAGAAACGUAAAGAGUCCAUUUUAGACCUUUCCAAGUACCUAGAGAAGACAAUUAGGGUUAAAUUCGCCGGUGGUAGAGAAGCCAGUGGGAUCCUCAAGGGUUAUGACCCCCUUUUGAACCUAGUAUUAGACAACACAAUCGAAUACCUUCGGGAUCCAGAUGAUCCAUACAAACUGACAGAAGACACUCGAGCGCUGGGUCUAGUCGUGUGUAGGGGUACCAGCGUGGUGCUAAUAUGCCCAAUGGACGGCAUGGAGUCGAUACAGAACCCAUUUAUUUCACAAGACUAAUUUUGUACAACAUUAUUAAUACAUAGUUAUUUUGCAA